AUGGUUGAGGAAGACAACAAACCGUCAGCGGAGGCUGCCGUGGUUGAGAACCAGAACGAGAACGAUGGUGGGAACGACGAUAAUAAGGCGUUGGCUACCGUGAAUGGCACCAAAGAGAGCAACAGAGCGGUUGUUGCGAGUGAGGCCGAGGAAACAGAUGAUGAGGAUGUUCCCGUUGAUGUCAUCGAGGACGAUGAAGAUUUACUUGACGAUUAUCCACCGGACGUUGAGGAUAUCGAGCUCGUCCACCUCCGAAUCUCGUCCAUCACAGCGCUGAAGCUCGAACGGUUCAAGGAAGUCCAGAAAAUAUGCCUCCGCCAGAACAACAUCCUCGACAUAGAAGCGCUCGGCCAUCUUGGAGGGACGCUGGUAGACCUGGAUCUCUACGAUAACAAGAUCGGCCACAUCCACGGACUCGAGGAGCUCACGAAGCUGGAGAACUUGGAUUUGUCAUUCAACAAGAUCAAGCACAUCAAGCGGAUAAACCACCUUACGGGUCUCAAGAACUUGUACUUUGUACAGAAUAGGAUUGCGCGUAUCGAGGGAUUGGAGGGCAUGACGGUGUUGAGGAAUCUGGAGUUGGGAGCAAAUAGAAUUAGGGAAAUUGAAAAUAUCGACCAUUUGACAGCAUUGGAGGAGUUGUGGCUGGGAAAGAAUAAGAUUACAGAGCUGAAGAACCUAUCAACAUUAACUAAUCUUAAAAUUCUCUCUAUCCAAUCUAACCGCCUUACUAAAAUCGAAGGCCUUGAGAAUCUCACUUCCCUCGAGGAAUUUUACAUCUCACACAACGCCCUCACUGAGAUCUCCGGACUUGAGAACAAUAAAAACCUCCGUGUCCUUGAUAUCUCAAACAACCAAAUCUCUAAGCUCGAGAACCUUUCACACCUACCUCAUAUUGAGGAGCUCUGGGCAAGCAACAAUAAACUUUCCUCAUUCGAGGAAGUUGAGAAGGAACUCUCGGGCAUGGAGGAUCUCGUAACCGUCUACUUCGAGGGAAACCCAUUGCAACGGGAGGCGGCUGCUACGUAUAGGAAUAAGGUCAAGUUGGCACUACCAAGGGUCCAACAGAUUGAUGCUACGUUCGUGAGGACAUAG